AUGCAUGCCCGACAUCGUGACCGUGAUCACCACUGGCAAAGAUCCUUCUCUCAGACAACUCCGACGCAAGCUGCUGAAGACCCGGAUUCUCUUCUUGCUCAGUUACAGGCAUCUCCGUUAAUACAGAAGAUUGCGGAUAAGCCGGACGCGUUGAAGGCUUUGCAGGAUUUUGCUACGUUGUUGAAGGAAUCUGGUGAAUUCUGUGUCUUCUGUCUUCUAGUUGCCGAAAUACAAUACUUAUUCAUUCAUUUUUAUUUCUUUUCUCAUCGAGGCGUGGAGCUGCAACCUGGUCGUCCACCUAGUACGAUGCAGAUGUUCAGGCUCGCUUCGGACCAGAAAUUUAGGGAAGGUGCAAAGCGCGUUGUCGAGGAGUUGAAGAAAGCCGGUGUAGACCUUAACUCGGAGAACGCUAUGGAAUUAUUUGGCAUGAAGAAACCUCCGGGCCCAUAA